CUUGAUUAAAUGAACACACUGAUGACACCUACUCCGGCCAUAAUUCAGAUGAGAAAAGUUUGAUUUACUUUUUGCUGCUCCUGACAACAAGAUGAGACUCAGCCUAAUUCUUCUCUGCUUGACCGCCUGGAUGACCUCCGUCCUCUCAACUUGGAAGCCUGGGACAAACUGUUGUCCUGGAUUGUCCAACACUGUGGUGCGACUGGACAAGAUUGUGAACUACACCAUUCAGUCUCUUGGCGUCUGUCCAAUUAAAGCCGUUUUGUUUUACACUCGUAGAGGAAACCACAUUUGUGCAGACCCCAAGAGAUGUUGGACACAGAAAGCUAUGUUAAAAGUGGAUGGAGGCGUUUCACCGCAAAGUGGACAGAAUAACAACAGUUCAGCAAGUGGCUGUGUGAGAGCGGCACCACGCGUCAAGUCACAAAAGUUACGGAGGAGAGCUCGCAAAUUAAGAAUGUUUCUCAGAAAUAGUAAAAGGCAAUAA